AUGUGUAGCAAAGCAGAGAAGGACCUGGUUAGAGGUGAAAGGGAGAAGACCAAGAUGGCAGCAGGCCAAGACCUUGGACACAGAAGUACACAAGAAAUCUCCAUGCUGGCAGCAAUGGCCAGCGCUGAGCCUUAUGUCAUCUCCCACAUUGAGUUGGAGAACAGCCUGGCUAACAUAGUGAAACGGAUAAGUAGAGACGGCCUGGACGCCUUCGCACAGCUCCUCAAUCAGUUUGAAAACACGGGCCCCCCACCGGCAGAUGAAGAGAAAAUCCAGUCCCUCCCCACCGUCCCCGUCACCGAGGAGCACGUAGGCUCCGGGCUCGAGUGCCCCGUGUGCAAGGACGACUACGCGCUGGGCGAGCAGCUGCCCCGCAACCACCUGUUCUACGAUGGCUGCAUAGUGCACCGGCUGGAGCAGCACGACAGCUGCCCCGUCUGCCGAAAAAGCCUCCCGGGACACAACACGGCCACGAACACCCCCGCCCCGGGCCCGACUGGGAUGAACUGCUCCUCCUCGUCGUCCUCCCCCGCCUCCAGCUCGCCCAGCAAAGAGAACGCCACAAGUAACUCCUGAGCCCGCGUGGGCCGGCACCCACCACUGCCCGCUGCGCCUGAGGCUGCGGGGAAACCGCGGGGACUUUCCCAACCACCCUCAGCCAGGGCCGCACGGCACCCACAGACUGGGUGCCCCAGAGGCGCCAGUCUUGGCUGGUCAGCGCUACAGGCCCCGCCUGUUCCAGGGCAGGACCCUGGCCCGGCCCACCGGCUCCCUGGCUCGGGAAGGCGUGGGCCACAUGGUCCCCUCUGGGGCGCCUUCAGCCUCCCUGUCUUUUGUCUAACCUCACCCUCUAAACGUUCAGCGGUGGAAAGAUUUUUAGAAUUUUAAAUUAUUACUGCUUUGAAAUAAAUGGAAGUUUUAGCUCA